AAUAAUGGCCGCUGCACUAUCCAACAUUUUGCACCCCACUCCAAUAACGAUGGUCUCGUCAAUUCCUCCAAUUCAAAUUUUCGCUCAGCACAUGCAAGCUGAUGCUCCUCGUCCUUAUAAGUGUACCAUCUGUGGUAAAGCACCUUACCGUUUCGAACAUCAAACUCGUCACAUUCGUACUCAUACAGAAUUUAAAAAUACUCCACCUCCACCAGCUCUUGUUCCUUUACAAUUUGAAAUUUUAC